ACGAGGUGAAGCGUGAAUCUCAUAUUGACGGCUGCAUUGUCUGCACUCAGACAGGAUGGCGCAGCCCUUGCCGAAAUCUAUAGCAGUCAUCACAAGCGGGAGCGAUUCUCAAGGGAUGAACAGCGCCAUCCGCGCAAUCGUUCGUUACGGUUUAAGAAGAAAUUGUAGGAUUUUCUUCGUUUACGAGGGCUAUGAAGGGUUGAUCACCAACAAAGUUGAGGAGGCUAAAUGGGAAUCCGUUUCGAAUAUCAUUCACAAAGGUGGAACGAUGAUUGGAGCUUCAAGAAGUGAAAGCUUUCGCAAGAGGGACGAGCGCAAGCAGGCUGCCAUCACCCUCCACACGCACGAAAUUUACCAUCUCAUAUGCAUCGGAGGUGACGGUGCUCUGACAGGAAUCGGUCUCUUUAGAGACGAAUGGGAGUCAUUGACUGCAGAACUUUUAAAAGAGGGUAAAAUAACAAAAGAUCAAGCUGAAAAAGGAAAACAUUUGUACGUCGUCGGUAUAGCAGGAACGAUAGACAAUGACUUUAUCGGAACCGAUCGCACAAUUGGUUUCGAUUCCGCUAUGGCGCGGGUCAUCGAAUGUGUGGACGCUUUAGCUUCGACUGCUGACAGUUUGCAGCGUACUUUCGUUGUCGAGGUUAUGAGCAGAGAAUGCGGCGCCAUUGCGCUCACUGCCGCGAUAGCCCUAGAAGCUGAUUUUGUCUUCAUUCCUGAAGUGCCACCAACGCAAGAUUGGCCUGAAGUGUUGUGUGGUCAUCUUCAAAGGAAGCGUAAGGUCGGCAGUAGACUUCACAUCAUUUUGGUCUCAGAAGGAGCAGUUGAUUCGGAUAAGAAGCCGAUUACUGCUGACAAUAUUAAGAAGAUUGUGGAGGACAAAUUGAAGUACGAUGUCCGUGUUUCUCGCCUUGCCCAUCUACAACGAGGAGGUCGCCCAUCGUUUCUCGAUAGGUUACUAGGCUGCCGAAUGGGGGCUGAAGCAAUAAAUGCUUUGUUGAGAAGCGAGCCUGCCUCGCCGCAAGUGCUCUGCUUGAAAGGUCAUGUGAUUGUUCAACUUCCUCUGUCAAAAGUCACUAGUUAUACGAGAAAGGUUAAAGAAGAAGCUCGUAAGGGUUACUACGGUGAAGCUGUUGAUAUCCGUGGUAGGAAUUUUAGGCAAAAAACGGAUUUUGUUCAACUCAUUGCUGAACCACCCAACUUCUUCUUCGGGCUUUCGAAGAAUUUCGGUGUCAUUCAUGUUGGAUCUCCAGCGGCCGGUAUGAACGGAGUCACACAUGCCUUCGUGCGCAUCGCAAAUCACUCAAAAUAUAAUGUUUAUGGAAUCGAACAAAGCUGGGAAGGCUUGAUGGAAGGAAGGUUUGUGGAACUCAAUUGGGGAAACGUAGCUGGAUGGAUGUCUCGAGGUGGAUCUGAAUUAGGAUGUAAGCGUCAGCUGCCAACUGAUGUCGAAAAGAUUGCUGAGGCUUUGAAUGACCAAAAUAUUGAAGGCCUACUCAUUGUUGGAGGAUUCGAA